UUUGGUGUAGGAGUUGUUAUGCCGGUGCCAAUAAGGAAGGAAAGCGAGACGCCUGUACAUCGGAACAUCGCUAAAAUAGCUAAACUAAAAGUAGGAUCCCAGGAUUUUGGGUUGCAGAAGGAAAAGGGGCCAGGAGUAGGGCAACCCAAACACAACACCUUUGUCGGAGAAGUUUGCCUAAGUGCUGGGGCCUAUGUUUCUAGAAGAAUGAUUAACGAGAUCCCGCCCCAAAGUACGGGAGACUGGAGCGACAGAGGAACCACAAUCCCGGGUUGGAACGUGGUGGUGUACCCACAACCUGGAGAUAUAAUCGCUUAUAACGGGAUACCGGCAGUAGUGACCAGUCACAACACUUCCGUCACAGUCGUUGACGGGGUAGUUCGAGAGACAAACUGGGGAUUCAGACUAGGUCACGAGAAUGCAGUAGUAAGGCGUUUCAUGCCCAAGUCGGUUCAAGUCAACAUAGUCGGUCCAAAGAGAGUUAGGUUCUCGCAAAGAAGUGGUGAAACUAUUACAGCUGGGUGAAAGAAACUUGUUGUAGAUUGAUAGAGAUUAGAGAAUGAGGUUUAAUUAGCCUCUUAAGUGAAGUGAAGUUAAGCUUAAAUGCAGAAAAAGUUAACAAAAUACGUUGAUGUUUCGGAGACAAAUGAAGUUUUGAAUUUUGAAGAUGAAUACAUGGACCAUUUCAAAUACAUGAACUACUACGGAUACAGGUGUGAUUGAAAAGCUGUGGCAAGAUUAUCUAUGAAGGAUUUCAGUGAACGUUUUGGACAUAAUCUGGGUUUUAUAAUUAUUUGUUUUCUAACUAUGAUCAAACUGGAUUCUCAAAACGU